AUGAAGAAGAAGGUAGAUCCCCGCGUGCGCCAGCUCGUAGAGAGUUGCGUGGAUGCUCGCGAAAGGGCUUUCUUGGUGCUUGUAGGGGAUAGAGGGCGAGAACAAGUGGUGUCUCUCCAUUACCUCCUCUGCAAGCUGUGUCCUCGUAAGCCAUCCGUCCUGUGGUGCUACAAGAAGGAUCUCGGGUUCUCCUCUCACAGGAAGAAGCGGCAAAAGCAACUGCAGAAGAAGAUCAGCAGGGGCGUCUACGAUCCGAAUGUCGAUGAUCCUUUUGAGCUCUUCGUAUCGAGCACGGAUAUCCGCUACGUGUACUACAAAGACACGCAGCAGAUCCUCGGCCAGACUUUCGGGAUGUGCGUUCUCCAAGACUAUGAGGCCUUGACGCCAAAUAACCUGUGUCGCACCGUGGAGACUGUGCAGGGGGGGGGUCUUAUCUGCCUCUUGCUGCAUUCUUUCGCGUCGCUAAACCAGCUCUACGCACUUGCAAUGGACAUACACUCCAGAUACAAGACGCAGGCGUUCUCAGAGGUACACCCACGCUACACAGAGCGCUUUCUUCUCUCUCUAGUGUCGUGCCGUCGCUGCCUCAUCCUCGAUGACGAGCUGAACAUUCUGCCGAUCAACGGAGGUCCCCAUCUAGGGGCUGCUCCAGAUCCCGAGAUCCUGAUGCAGCAGCAGGAAGAGCGGCAGCAGCUGCAACUCAUCAAGGAGAAAGUGCAGCACGCGCCUCCCCUAGAUGCCCUCGUGAGGCUAUGCGCGACCACGGACCAGGCAAAUGCCGUCCUAGCUUUUCUGGAUUGCCUGUGCAGCUGUAGGAGCUUCCGGAGUCAUGCUGAGACGGCUCCAGCAGGGAAAACGCCUUCCGCUGCCAAUGCAGGAGGAAGUUACCAAACAGUAGCGCUCACUGCAGGAAGGGGUCGAGGGAAAUCGGCGGCUCUCGGCCUGGCGAUCGCGGCAGCAGUGUCUCUGGGUGUCAGCAGCAUUUUUGUGUGUGCGCCUGCGGUCGAGAACGUACAAACGCUUUUCGAGUUUGUGCAGAAGGGUUUGGUUGCAACUGGUCUGCGUGAACAGCUUGACUUUCAGGUGACCUUAGAGGUCGUGGGAGCAGCUGCACGAGUUUCUGCCGCCGCUGAUGUGUCUGGGGGUGCUGCUUCGGGGUUGUAUCAGCGGCAGACCGUGAAGGCUAUCACGAAGGUGGACGUGUACAAGCAGCACAGACAGCGCAUCCAGUUCGUGUUCCCCAGUGAGCACGAGGCCCUUAGGCAGGCCGAGCUCCUGGUUGUAGACGAGGCAGCCAGCAUCCCCUUGCCGAUCGUGAAGAAGCUGCUCGGUGAGUCUGCGGGCCCUUAUCUGGUGUUGCUCUCCUCGACGAUCAACGGCUACGAGGGAACCGGACGUUCCUUGUCUCUUAAGCUGUUGAGCGACUUGCGACGGGGGUCUAAGGGGGCCCCCGGCCAGGAGGCGAGGGGCCCCCCUCCCCGCCAGCUGAAGGAGCUGAGUCUGCGCACGCCGAUUCGAUAUGCGUCCGGAGACGCUGUAGAGCAGUGGCUGCACGACCUGCUCUGUCUGGACGCCACGACUGCUCCCCCGUUGGACCCAGAGAAGGGCCUGCCUUCCCCUAAGAGCUGCAGCCUUUACCUAGUGAAUCGUGAUGCCUUAUUUUCGUAUCACCCGGCGAGCGAGGCCUUUCUCCAGCGUCUUCAGGGCCUCUUUGUUUCUUCGCACUACAAGAACAGCCCGAAUGAUCUGCAGCUCCUGGCGGACGCCCCUGCACACCUCGUCUUUGCCUUUAUGCAAACAGUUGACGACCAGCAGGAUAGUUUACCGGAUGUGUUUUGUGCCAUUCAGGUGGCAAUAGAGGGGGCCCUGUCGCGAGGGGCCAUACGAGAGGCCCUUGGACGAGGCCUUAGGCCUGCAGGCGAUCUUCUUCCAUGGACGCUUGCCCAGGCAUUUGGGGACGAAGACGUUGGUAUUCUCUCUGGGGCCCGAAUCGUCAGGAUUGCCGUGCAUCCGAGUUUGCAGCGCAUGGGAUUUGGCUCGGCAGCGCUGCAGCAGCUGGUUGAUUUCUUUGAAGGGCGAGGACUUGCUCUGCAGGAACCUCCGGAGUUCAGAUCCUUCUUUCAAGGCCGGUCCGAAACGGAAAGGCAGCAGCGAGACAAGUCGAAGAAGGCGAAAGUUUCCAAAGUGGAUGGAGACAUUGAAGACCUUGACGCGGAAGUCGGUACGUCCGAGGGGGAGGAGUCGGCGGAGGACGAGGAGACGGAUGCAGAGGCGGCAGAAGAGCGGAAGGCGGCAGGCAGGCUCAAGGGCGCCUCCGCAAAGGCCAAGAAGACUUCUAAGUCUGCGGGAGCUACUGCAGUGGCCUUUUCUGAAAUCACCUCGGAGCAGUUUAAACCCCGAGUGACGCCUCCCCUGCUGUGCCCCUGCAGCCGCAGUCGUCCUCCUUUUUCCGUGGAUUACUUCGGUACCGCGUUUGGACUUACUGAUCAGCUGCUCCGCUUCUGGAGCCGUAGGGGCUUUGUCCCGGUGUAUCUACGGCAGCAGCCGAACGACGUGACCGGUGAACACAGCUGCAUCAUGCUGAGGCCAGCAGCAGCUGCUCCUCCGGAAGGGUUUGGUGCUGCUGCAGCUGACGGCAGCACCAGGCGCGAGGAGAGCCAUAAGAGAGGCCUCUUUGGAGGGCUCGACGCCGUGGCAGAGACAAAUCAAGCGGCAGACGGCCAGUGGGUACACCUCUUUGCUGUAGACUUUCGUCGGCGAUUCGUUGAGCUGACGGGGGGCCCCUUUCGCCAUAUGCCGAUUUCUUUGGCGCUCGCCACCGCUUCGGAAGGAGCCAAGGGACAGCAGCAAGAGGGCAAGUUGCCUCCUUUGAACGCGAAGACGCUCAUGGAAUUCUUUACACUUCACGACUUGGGGCGUCUGCAGAAGUACUCUCAGCAGCUUGCCGACAUAUCUCUUGUUACCGACUUGGUCCCUCUGCUGUGCUCUCUCUAUUUUGGGGGGAGGCUGAGGGAUGUGCGCCUCUCCUUCCUCCAGGAGGCAGCACUUCUAGGCAUGGGAGGACAGCGCAGGCAGCCGGAUUCUCUUGCCGCUGAAUUCUCAGUGCCGAUUACCCAGAUCCUGGCCCUUUUUAAUAAGGCAAUGGUUAAAAUUCAUCAGCAUUUACGCGGCUUGCUGGAAGCCGAAGAGGCUUUGGCUUUCGCCGCAGCGUCCACCAGGCGGGUGGCUGUAAAGCAGGGAGAAGCAGUGGGAGGAGUUGAUGCCCAGGGUCCUCUGGCAGAGGAGCAGCAGGCGGAUGCGGACAAAGUUCUGAAGCAGCAGAAGCAGCAGCUUAAGAAGAUCAAAGAGGCGCUUGGCCAUGAUGCGCUAGAGAAGUACAGCGUGAGUGAGAUCAGCAAGGAGGAUAUCGUGGGGGUGACAGGAGGCCGCGAGGUCUCAGGAUCAAUUUCUGUCCGUAAGGAGAGCAAAGUCCCGAGCGCGGAGGAUCAGAAGGAGUCGAAAACACAUAAAAGCAAGAAAUUCAAGAAUAUGGCGUUCUAG